AUGGCACCUCGCAACGAAAAGAGCCAAUUGAAGCGCCAGCGCGGUUCUCUGCCUGAUGACGCGACGGAGUCCAAGAAACCUCGUAGAUCAGAUCGACUAUCGUCGCAAAUCGCUGGGGCCGCCGGCCACGACAAGACCCCCAUCUCUAACAAGCAACAUCUUCCAUCACCAGUCACCCACUUCACCGCCGAGGACUCUAGUGAUGUCUACAAGGAGGCUACUCCUACUCCCUCUGCAGGCAAGCUUGAUGAAGUGACGCCGCGGAAAACAGACGAAGCUUGGCCACAGUCUCAGGCUUUGUCAUCACCACCACAGGAUACGCAGCCGUUGAGUCAGUUUGUCGACCGACACCCUGCGCUUUCUGACGAUGUAGAAGAUGAGGUGAAGGAAGGUGUUUGGGGAUAUUUGGUGCCGCUGGACCCUAAGUACGGCGAUAAGCCGUUGGUACUGAAGAGACGAAAUGCCUGCCCUCUGCCCGACACCGUACAGGCUGCUGUUAAUGGGGAGACCACACCGUUGAAUAACAACAAAGCUGGCCCUAUUAGAGCUGAAGAAGCUUAUGAGCGCUCAAAGGUCAAGGGCGUUGCGUCGGGUGGUUAUUUAAUAGGUCGACAUCCUGAAUGUGAUGUCGUGGUCAACGAAGGCGUCGUUUCAAACCGCCACUGUCUACUAUUUACAGAAAACAACGGCACAGACACCGUCGCCAUCGUGGAGGACCUUUCCAGCAACGGCACCUAUGUGAACGAGGCUAUUGUUGGUCGUAAUCAACGUCGCGAACUGGAGGACCAAGAUGAGAUUGCGGUCCACGGCAAAGCUAGGUUCGUGUUUAGGUAUCCCCAGAGCCGGCACACCAGCGCCUUUUUGCAACAGUACACAUUAUUAGAGAAGCUCGGCAAGGGCCAUUUCGCCGAAGUGUACUUGUGCAUAGAAAAGUCCACUGGCCAACGUUAUGCCGUCAAGAUCUUCACCAAGCCCCCGGGCAUGGAAGACAAAUCCAAGACUGAAGGUCUUCAACAAGAAAUUGGUGUCUUGAUGGGAGUCAGCCAUCCGAAUGUGUUGUGCCUCAAAGAUACGUUCAACGAGCGUGACCGCGUCUAUCUUGUUCUGGAGUUGGCCUCCGAGGGCGAGCUCUUCAACUUCAUUGUAAUGAAGCAGAAGCUUACUGAGGACGAGACGAGGAAGUUGUUCCUGCAACUCUUCCAGGGCAUCAAAUAUCUGCAUGAACGCAAUAUCGUGCACCGAGAUAUCAAACCAGAGAAUAUUUUACUAACUGACAAGAACUUGCACGUCAAGUUGGCCGAUUUUGGCCUCGCCAAGAUUAUUGGCGAAGAGUCCUUCACCACCACUCUCUGUGGAACACCUAGCUAUGUCGCGCCUGAAAUUCUUGCCGAUUCUAAGCAACGCAAGUACACCAAGGCUGUCGAUAUUUGGUCACUUGGUGUUGUGCUGUACAUCUGCCUUUGCGGCUUCCCUCCAUUCUCCGACGAGCUCUACUCCCGCGAUUUCCCUUUCACUCUGUCACAACAGAUUCGAAGUGGGCGAUUUGACUACCCUUCCCCUUACUGGGAUUCUGUUGGAGACCCAGCUCUUGAUCUCAUCGACUCCAUGCUGGUGGUUGACCCUGAGCGCAGGUUCACUGUGGAUCAGUGCCUGGCUCACCCCUGGAUGACUCAGAGCGGCCCUGCUGUAAAUGACAGCACAGGAGGUCUUGUGGGAGGCAUUGCUGGUCUCGAGGUCAACCGUCGUGCCCCGGUUCGUGAGAGAACCUUGCUUGCAGCACUGAAUUCAGUUCAGGUUACUGCUCAGGUCGCAGUUGGCGAUGACAGAUCGCCGGUAAAGGUGUUUUCUAAGAAUCAUCAUCGAAUCACGAAUGCGUCAAAAGAGAAGGCACCAGAUCAUCAUCGAGGGGCCGGAGAAUUCAUGGAGAUGGGAGGUAAAGGAGACCAACAGCUUUUUGGCGACGACAGCGCAAGCAUUUACACAACGGGUGCACCAGCAACCAAGGCUGGACAGAAGGGCAAGGCUCAUGGUCGAUAA